AUGGGGGAUCUCAAGACAGCGGCGGACACCAUGUCCUCCAAGAUUUCUGAUAUAAACGCGUGGGCGACAAAUUUCGCGAAGACACCGAUCGGGAUCGGCCAUGGCCUACUUACAAUUUAUGCGAUCGGCUACACGAUACAGAUUGCUCUUCUGCCGCACGUGAUUAUGGAGCUCAAACAGCCGGUCCAGGUAAAACCAGUGCAAUGCAUACUCUGUUCAGGAGCAUUCGCGUUUUUCCAGCUGGUCGGAGCUCUUGUAUUUGGCCGACUGGCGGACUUCAUAGGACCAAGGAACGCCUUUGUCUUGGCGCUCGGGUCAUCCGCAACAAUGUAUAUUUUGAUGGCAAUUGCCACCAACAUGGCUCUGCUCUUCGUGAGCCAGGUCCCGGCAAUAUGCAUGCAUGGUUUCCAAGCUGCCGUUUUUCUGGUGUGCUUGGAGACAGAUGAAAAACACCGAACACCUUCCAUCGCUUAUUUGAACCUAUCGUAUGGGGUCGGCAUGAUAGCUGGAGGUUUCGUGGGGGCUCUAGCGAGCGCCUUUCUGGGGGCACGCGGAACGCUUCUUGUUUCUGGAGUAAUACAGUUAUUCGGAUGCUUUUUAGCCUUCGCUUUGGGCCUUCACCUGCUGAAAACUGAGUGGAGCAGAGUCGUCGAAAUCGUCAGAAGAACGGGGUCUCUCUGCGUUUUGCUUCUUGUUGGACUUAUGCCGAUUCUUAUGACACGAUUUGCUUUCACAGCUGUUGCUGUCGACCAGUUCGACGCUGUGGUUCCACAGCCGUCUCAGACGAAUUAUCUAGUUGCGCUGAUUGGCGUAGUCACUUUCGGUCUUCUGGCCCCAGCCCUCGCAACAAAGUUCGGUGAUGUCUCAUGUGAGAGAUACUCGGUCCCGGUCGCUUUGGUUGGCUACCUGAUGCUCCUUGGAAUCGGACCGAUAUCCAUAAGCAUGAUACUCCUUUGCCUACUGGCACCACUUUCUCACGCCUCUGUCAGGUAUAUCUGCGCUACAUCACAGAUGACAAAACGAGUCGAGGCAUCUGAAUUCGGCUCGACUUUGGGCCUGAACAGCGCCCUCUUCUUCGCUGUCGCGGGUCUCUCUCAGUUUGUUGGCCUUCCGUUGUACGCAUACUACGGUGCGCUCAGCUUUUAUAUCUUCGUCCUGGACGAGGAGACAUUUAAAGCGUACCCGCCCGAUGCCGCCUUGUCGGAGGGUCUCAGUGUGUUUCAGUGA